AUGUUUUUUACUUUCUUUCUUUGCUCUCUUCUUUCUUUCUUUCUUUCUUUCUUUCUUUUUUCUUUCUUUCUUUCUUUCUUUCUUUCUCUCUCAAGCCUCUUUCUUUCUUUCUUUGAUCCCAUGUUUUUACUUUCUUUCAUUAUUCUCUUCUUUCUUUCUUUCUUUCUUUUCUUUCUUUCUUUCUUUCUUUCUUUCUUUCUAAUACACCAAGCCUCUUUCUUUCUUUCUUUUGAUCCCAUGUUUUUUUUCUUUCUUUCAUUAUGCUCUCUUCUUUCUUUCUUUCUUUCUUUCUUUCUUUCUUUCUUUCUUUCUUUCUUUCUAAUACACCAAGCCUCUUUCUUUCUUUCUUUGAUCCCAUGUUUUUUACUUUCUUUCAUUAUGCUCUCUUCUUUCUUUCUUUCUUUCUUUCUUUCUUUCUUUCUUUCUUUCUUUCUUUCUUUCUCUAAAGCCUCUUUCUUUCUUUCUUUGAUCCCAUGUUUUUUACUUUCUUUCAUUAUGCUCUCUUCUUUCUUUCUUUCUUUCUUUCUUUCUUUCUUUCUUUCUUUCUUUCUAAUACACCAAGCCUCUUUCUUUCUUUCUUUGAUCCCAUGUUUUUUACUUUCUUUCAUUAUGCUCUCUUCUUUCUUUCUUUCUUUCUUUCUUUCUUUCUUUCUUUCUUUCUUUCUUUCUUUCUAA